UUUAAGAUAACUCGAAAUAAUGGAAAACUCGUGAAGCACUUGUGUGCGCGAGUUCACUGCGGCCGGCUUCAGUCGUGCUUUGCGGCAACAGCGCGCGCCUGAAAGCCUCCGUUGAAAGUUCCCCACCUCCCGCCUAUAAUUGCAUACAAAAAACAUCGGUUUCAGCUCCACGAAUAAAUUUUUAAAGAAGACUUAAAACAUGGCUGCUCCAGAAGGCCCCCCUGGCAUGCCGCCGACGGAGCCGCAGACGGGCCCCGACGGGGAGAUCAUCGGCGGCCCGCGGAACAUGCAGCAGGUGGCCGCGCAGCGUAGGCUUCAGCAGACGCAGGCGCAAGUUGACGAGGUGGUGGACAUUAUGAAAACCAACGUCGAAAAGGUCCUGGAAAGAGACUCGAAGUUAUCAGAGCUAGAUGACAGAGCUGAUGCACUCCAGUACGGUGCGUCGCAGUUUGAACAACAGGCCAAGAGCUUAAAGAACAAAUUCUGGCUUCAAAACCUAAAGAUGAUGAUAAUAAUGGGAGUGAUUGGAAUCGUCAUAAUAGGCCUGCUGUUUGUUCGAUACCGUGGCACCCCGACUAUGACUGGCGCCCCGGCGGGUAUAUCGGGCAUAGCCAGCAAUAUCACUAUGUCCGCUAACACUAUUCAUUGAAAAUACAUGUAAGUUACUUAUUCAUCGCACCGUUGGGUUCUACUUAAACCGUGAAGCUGUCUUCAAACACAUGCUACAUAU